AUUGUGGAGAAGAGCAAGAUAAUAGUGUGCUUGAUUGAGAUUAAAACAACACCUGCUGACUUCCGCUUCCCUACAACAAACCAAACUAGGCACUGUUUUACUCGUUAUGUUGAGUUCCAUAGGUGUGUGAGUUCCAAGGGGGAUGAAGCUGCUGAAUGUGACAAAUUUGCCAAGUACUACCGAUCUCUUUGCCCAGCUGAAUGGGUUGACAAGUGGAACAAGCAGAGGGAGAGCGGGACAUUUGCACGUUCCCUCUAA